AUGCUGAUUGGGUUGAUUAGCUGCGCUGAGCUUUGCUGCUUUGCUGCUUUGAGUGCUGCGAGUGCUGCUGCGGGGAUUGCUGUGGCGAUGAUGGUCCCCCUGGAGGUCCUCCUGGCCGGUGAGGUGUAUACCGUAGCACUGCACUUAAGUGUCUUCCUUGUACCCAUGGAUCGAUCUUGUUGA